CCAAACGACUCAAGGAAACUCAACUCAAGUGCUCAACCCGACGUGCUCAACUCAACGUCGGUAAUACUUAUACAUACGUAUUUAUACAUACAUACUUAUACAUACAUACUCGACGUAAUCCCAUAAUCAGGCACAGACAACAGUACAUCAUGACACUUGUCAACCCCUCCCGUAUCGCCUUGUUUGGGCCGCAAAAGGCCCACUGGACACCGCAGGCUCUCGCAGCCCUGCAGACGACGCUGAAAAGCGAUGCCCGUUUGGCCUUCCUCCGAGAGGCUCUCGAGACGCUCCCCUCGCUGUGGCCGCUGAUCGACUCUAUACUGGAUACGGCGGACACGGCAUACCCUGGGGCGCAGAAGCUGCAGCAUCUCCACGACCUUGCAACGGGUACUUCCACGAUGACGACGACGACGAAGCCGUUGGAAUUUUCCAACACGGAACUGGCGCCGCUCACAGUGGUGUCCCAGGUAGUGGACUGGAUCCAACGCCAUAGCGACAACAACAACCUCGGACUCGACACGUGUGACGCCGCCCAAGGCUUCUGUCUCGGCUUCCUAUCAGCAGCAGCCGUUUCCGUCGCCACUGAUACGGUGAGCUUCCGGCAACACGUCUCGAACGCCAUCCGGCUGGCGGCAUGCAUCGGCGCCGUCAUCGACGUCGAGGACUUGGCGCACGCGGCGUCUGAUACCGUCGUUGCCGUGUCGGUCCGGUGCAAGACGCCGCAAGACCGGGCCCAUCUGGAUUCCUGUUUGGAGAUUCUGCCCAGGGCCUAUAUAUCGUGCAUCACGGACGACAAGACUCUGACCGUCACUCUGCCGCAGGGCAGCCAAGAGACGCUGAGCUCGCUCCUGAAAGAGGCCGGCAUUACGGUCGUCCCCGUCGGCAUCCGGGGCCGCUACCACAACCAGGAGCACAGCCGGGCGGCCGAGAGGCUCGCAAGAGUCUGUGCCGAGCACGGUGAUCUGCAGCUCCCUGGGGCCGACAAGUUGCUGCUGCCGCUGAGAUCGACGGCGACCUCGGAGGUCAUCGAGACGGGAUCUCUGCACGACAUCGCCAUCCAGCUCAUCCUCUGCCGACGCGCCCACUGGUUCCAGACAGUCAAGAAGACCAUUGGCAACGGGGAGCAUCACCAGUUGUUGAGCUACGGUACGGAACCGUGUGUACCUCCGUCGUUGGCUCGCAAGAGCAAAUCCAACGGCACGGCAACCGGCGGCGCAGCAGUAUCAUCAUCCGACAAGGACGACGAGAUCGCCGUCGUGGGAAUGGCGUGUCGGUUCCCGCGGUCCGAGAACCUCGAGACCUUUUGGCAGCUCCUCGCCGAUGGCCAGACGGCCCUCGGCACCAUGCCGGCUGACCGCUUCGACCCGGCGACGCUGACGCGCGAGCCACGGCUGGCCAACUUCUAUGGCAACUUCAUCGACGCGCCCGACGCCUUUGACCACAGGUUCUUUGGCAUCUCGGGCCGCGAGGCCAAGUCCAUGGACCCCCAGCAGCGGCUGGCGCUGCAGGUCGCCUACGAAGCGCUCGAGUCGGCGGGGUACGGCGGGGGUGCCGGUUCCGGUACCGGCGGCGACGGCAUCAAGUCCACCGGACCGAAUGUCGGGUGCUACCUCGGCGUGGGCAGCGUCGACUACGACGCCAACGUGGCCGCGCGCGACGCCAACGCCUUUGCGGCGACGGGCACGCUGCGCGCCUUCAUCAGCGGCCGCGUGAGCCACUUCUUCGGCUGGGACGGGCCCUCGCUGACCAUGGACACGGCGUGCUCGUCCUCGGCCGUCGCCAUCCACACGGCCCGCCGCGCCUUGCUGGCCGGCGAGUGCGCCAUGGCGCUGGCCGGUGGCGUUAACGUCAUCACGAGCCCCGCGUUGCACCAGAACCUCGCCGCCGGCUCGUUCCUCAACACCUGCGGGUCGUCCAGGGCCUUUGACGACGGCGCGUCCGGCUACUGCCGGGGCGAGGGUGCCGGCAUCCUCGUGCUGAAGCCGCUCUCCAGGGCCGUGGCCGACGGCGACCGCGUGUUGGGCUUGCUGGCCGGGUCAGCCGUGAACCAGAACUCGAACCGCAGCCCCAUCACGGUGCCCGACUCGUCGUCCCAGGGCAGCCUUUACCGGCGCGUGCUGGACGAGGCGGGCAUCCAGCCUCACGAGGUGACGUACGUUGAGGCGCACGGAACGGGAACCAAGGUCGGCGAUCCGAUCGAGUACGAAAGUGUCCGGAGCACCUUUUCCGGUCCCCUCCGUACGGGUCCCGUGUACCUCGGCUCCGUCAAGGACAACAUCGGCCAUGCCGAGGCGGCCUCGGGCGUGGCUGGCGUCAUCAAGACGCUGCUCAUGAUGCAGCACCAGACAAUACCCAAGCAGGCCAACUUUUCCCGCCUCAACCGGACCAUCAAAGUCUUGCCGGGCGACGCCGAUGACGUCGUCGUGCCUGAGAGCACCCUUGCAUGGACGACGACCACGACGACAGAGAGGCGAGCUGCCCUGGUUAACAACUACGGCGCAGCCGGGAACAACGCUGCCAUCCUCGUGCGGCAAUACACCCCAGCCCCAUCGACUCGCCAGUCCAUCUCGUCGCCGGUUUCAUCGUCAACAGCCUACCCCAUCGCCCUCUCCGCCAAGUCGGAGACCAGCCUGAGGUCGUACAUGGACGUGCUGAAGGGCUUCCUCCUGGACAGGGACGAGGACGGGAACCCGCGCCGCCCCCUUGCCUCCGUGGCAUACCACAUCGCCCGGGCUCACAACCCAGCUUUUGACCGCCGCGUCGCCAUUGUCGCGCACGACGCCCAAGAUGCGGCGGCCGCCCUCGCCACGGCCAGCCCCGCCGUCGUCGCGGCCAAGAAACCUGUGGUUCUCUGCUUUGGCGGCCAGACCGGACGCACCGUUUCCGUCUCCAAGGCGCUCUACGACGACAGCGACCUGUUCAAGAGUCACCUAGACAAAUGCGAGGCCACCUGCCGCACCCUCGGGGUCAGCAUCUACCCGGCCAUCUUUCAGAACCAGCCCGUCGAUGACACGGUCACGCUCCACUGCAUGCUCCUCUCGCUGCAGAUCUCGUGCGCCCAGAGCUGGAUCGACAGCGGGCUGCAGGUCGACACCCUUAUCGGCCACAGCUUCGGCCAGCUCACCGCCCUCUGUAUCGCCGGGUCCCUGGACCUCCACGACACCUUCCGCCUCGUUGCCGGCCGCGCCCGCCUGCUCCGCGACUCCUCGGCCAUUCUCCAGGACCGCGGCGCCAUGCUGGCCGUCGAGUGCGACGCCGCCGACAUCGACGACAUCGUGACCGGCGUGAGGAUGACCGCAGCUGGUCACCGCGUCGACAUCGCGUGCUACAAUGGUCCCCGGAACUUUGUCCUCGCCGGCGACGUGGCCUCUAUCGCCGCUGCCACCGAUCGCUGUCGCCUCCACGGCCGCGUCAAGACGACCAAGUUGCAGAACGACCACGCCUACCACUCUUACCUGACGGACGCCAUCCUGCCCGACCUGCGGGAGCUGGCCGCCUCCGUUACAGUCCGGCCACCCCGCAUCCGCGUCGAGACCUGCACGGCUGACGCCUCAUGGCCAUCGUCCUUUGGCCCGGACGAGAUUGUCGAGCACACUCGGCAGCCCGUCUUCUUUGACCAGGCAGUCGCCCGCAUUGCCGCCAGACUCCCCUCGGCCGUCUGGCUCGAGGCGGGCUCCGCCACGCCCAUCAUCCCCAUGACCCGGCGCGUCCUCUCUUCCACGACGACGACGACGAAGACGACGACGCAGAUCAAUCCCCGUUCUGCCGACGUCUUCAUCCCCGUACAACUCGGCACGACCGUCGACGCCGCGGCCCAGCUGGCCAAGGCCACUUGCGACCUGUGGACCGCCGGCUCGCCCGCGCAGUACUGGCUAUUCCAUUCGUCAUCGAGCCAUCGCUAUCAGGAGGAUUUCAACGUGCCGCCGUACCAGUUCGAGAAGUCGUCGCACUGGUUGCCGUUUGAGGCGCCGGUGCCGGCGCCCGUCGCUACCGGUGCCAAGCCCGAGGCUAUCUCCACUCCCAGCCCCGAGUCCGAGCCCGAGUCCGAGUCCGAGACCCACUUCCCUCCCGGCUUCGUCACGCGAGUCCACCCGGGCGACGCGGCAGUGCCGGGCGAGCACCUGUUUGUCGUCGACACCCAGGGACCACUUUUCCAGCUUGCCGCACGCGGCCACGCCGUCACGGGCCAGAGCAUCUGCCCGGCGUCCAUGUUUGUCGAGAUGGUGGCCCGGGCUACGAUGCUCGUGCCCAAGAAGCCCUUGACACGCCGUGGUGGUGGUGGUGGUGCGCAGGUUCCCUCGCUGAGCGACCUGACUAUGUCGGCCCCGCUGGGCAUCGGAAACAGCCAAACGACCGUCAUCCGUCUUCGCGAGACGGGCCCGGACGCGUGGGCGUUUGCCAUCAUCAGCCAGGCCUCGGCGAGCGACCCCCGCGGCGCCACGCAGCACGCCAGCGGAACCUUUGCUUGGACGGGCGCUGACGACGCCGCCGCCGCGAAGCGCCUGCAGCUGCUUGGCCGCCUGGGUUCCUCGCAGCUCAAAACGGCGACGUCGUCGGCGACGUCGACGGCCGCCAUCAGCGGCGCCAUGGUGUAUAAGUGGUUCGCCGAGGUGGUCGACUACGCCGACUACUACCGCGGCGUGCAGAGCGUGUCGGCCGACGACGGCAACCGGGCCGUGGGACGCGUCGCAAUGCCGGCGCGGCGCCCGCCGCCGCUGGCGGACGCCGGCGUGUGCGAUCCCAUCACGCUCGACAACUUCCUGCAGGUGGCCGGCAUCCACUGCAACUGCCUGUCGGACCGCGAUAAGGCGGCGGUGCUCAUGUGCACGUCGGUCGACGAGAUUGUCUUCUCGCCCAACUUCCUCGCCGCAGACAAGAGGAGCGACGAUGAUGAGUGGGUGGUGUACACGCGCUUCGACGACGACCCCAAGCAGCCCAAGACGCGGACCAACGACAUCUUUGUGUGCGAGGCGGCCUCGGGAAACAUCGUCGUGGCCGUUCUUGGCGCGACGUUCCAUAGUGUUCCGUUCCGGUCGCUGGCAAAGAGCCUCGGCAGGCUGAACGCGGUCGUACCCGAGUCAGUGCCCGUGUUGCAGUCCACCAAGCCCGUCAUUCCCGACUUGGACGAUGCCGCCGCCGACUCUGGCUACUCCUCGACGGAUCUGGUCUCUCAGGCGUCGGACGUGGAUAAGACGGAAACCCACGUAGGCGUCUUCUUGUCUGCUGCUGGUGAUGAUCAUGAUACAGCUGCUUCAUCAACAACAACAACAACAACAACAACAGCAACGUUUGUCGACACCCUGGCCAAGGUGCGCGCGCUUCUCAGCGACAUGAUUGAGAUACCUGUCGACGAGGUGACGCCGGUGACGACGCUUGAGGAGCUCGGCAUCGACUCGCUGCUUGUCACCGAGGUACUGGCUGAGAUCCAGAAGCAGUUUGGCGUACAGCUGUCUCAGGAGCAGUUCGCCGGGUGCGACCAUGUGCGCGACGUGGCCACACUGCUGCAGCCCGUUGCCGCUGCCGCUGCUGAUGCCGAUUUCGACGCCGAUGAGGCUCAUGUCACGGUCAAGACGCCGGCGAUGCCGCCCUCGGUCUCACACGGUUCUUCGUCGAUUGCUACUUACCCUCACCCUAAGCAGACUCCCGGACUUCCAAACCUCGCUUCCAUCGGCCACGACGCCUUCACCCGGUGCCUCUCCUCGUACGACACGCACGCCGACGCGGCGGCUUACACCGACUUCUACUCCCGAGUCUUCCCCAUCCAGUCCGAGCUCGUCGUGCAGUACGUGCUGACGGCCUUCGCCCAGCUGGGCUGUGACCUCGCCCGUCUCGGCCCAGGGGACAUCCUGCCGGCCGUCGACCACCAGCAGAAACACUCCAAGGUCGUUACACAGCUGCACCAGAUCCUCGUCGACGCCGGCCUGGCCACCAAAGACGGCUUCCCUCACGCGGGCGCGGGCUCGACCACCUACCGGCGCACCGCGAUGCCUCUGCCCACCACGCCCGCGCCCGUGCUGAUGGAGCGCCUGCUGCGGCAGUUCCCGCAGCACGCCUCCGAGACGAAGCUCCUCUACUCUACCGGCAGCCGGCUGGCCGAGUGCCUCACCGGCCGGGCCGAGCCCGUGUCCCUCAUCUUCCAGGACGCGGCCGCGCGCGCCCUCCUCGCUGACGUCUACACCAACGCGCCCAUGUUCAAGACGGGCACCCUGCAGCUGGCCGAGUACCUCUCGUCCAUCGUCUCGGCGCUCGCGGGCAAGGGCCGGCGCCCACUCAGGAUCCUCGAGCUCGGCGCCGGCACCGGCGGCACUACCAAGAGCGUCAUCGAAACUCUGAUCGCCAUCGCUCCCGCCGGCGGCGCAGCAGCAAACUUCACCUACACCUUCACCGACCUCUCGUCGUCACUGGUGGCCGCCGCCCGCCGCCGGUUCGCACAGUGGUCCUCCUUCAUGGAGUACAAGGUCGUCGACGUCGAGAAGGACCCGGCGCCCGAGUUCCUCGGCGCCUACGAUGUGAUCCUGUCGACCAACUGCAUCCACGCCACGCGCGACCUGGUCGCAUCGACGGGCAACAUCCGCCGGAUGCUCCGCCCCGACGGCUUGCUGUGCCUCGUCGAGCUCACGCGCAACCUGUACUGGUUCGAUCUCGUCUUUGGCCUGCUCGAGGGCUGGUGGCUCUUCGAGGACGGCCGGCAGCACGCGCUGGCGGGCGAGGAGAGAUGGGAGCAGGCCCUGCGGAAGGCCGGCUUCGAGUGGGUUGACUGGAGUCGCAGUUCGACCAGGGAGUCGGAGACGUUGCGAGUCAUCACCGCCUCGGCGCAUAACCCGGUCCCGGCCAAGGCUCCGGCCCCGGCUCCGGUUCUCGCCCAUAACCCCUCGACAACACAGCAAGGCGUUCAAACGAUCCUGUUCAAGGAUGUUGACGGCGUCCAGCUCCACGCCGAUAUCUACUACCCCGAGGCGGCGGUAGCGUCGGGCAGGAAGCUUCCUGUAGCCCUCAUGAUCCACGGCGGCGGCCACAUCAUGCUUUCUAGGAACGACAUCAGGCCCCGGCAGACUGACAUGCUUCUCAAGAGCGGCUUUCUUCCCGUCAGCGUCGACUACCGCCUCUGCCCCGAGGUCACCCUCGCCGAGGGCCCCAUGACAGACGUGGUCGACGCCCUCUCCUGGGUCCGCAACGUUCUCCCGUCCCUCCUCCGCCCCGGCUUCUCCAUCGACACCAACCAGGUCGUCGCCGUCGGCUGGUCCACGGGCGGUCAUCUGGCAAUGACGCUCGCGUGGACCUCACUCGCCCGCCAGGUGGCGCCCCCCGCGGCCAUCCUCGCCUUCUACAGCCCCCUCGACUACGAAGACGACUUCUGGAUGCAUCCCAACCUGCCAAGAGGAGCCACCUCGGACUCGGCCGAGUCUUUCCCUCUCGACGCCCGCAUCUGGGACGGCGGCGUGUUCGAUACGGCCCGCGUAGAGUACCGUGUGGCCCCGGCCAAACGCGCCCUCGGCGGCUGGAUGGCCGCCUCGGAUCCCCGCAGCCGGCUGGCCCUACACAUGAACGCCCAAGGCCGCACGCUACACGUGCUGCUCAACGGGCUGGACAAGACGACGCGCCAGCCGCCCGCGGCGCCGACGAGCGCCGAGAUCGCGGCCGUCAGCCCACUGGCGCGGGUGAGGGCUGGCCACUACACAACGCCUACCUUUAUCAUCCACCCGCGCGAAGACGACCUGAUCCCCUGGCAGCAGGCGGACCGGACGUGGCGGGCGUUGAGGGACCGCGGCGUCGAGGCCGAGCUGAGGCUUGUCGAGGGCGUGCCGCACCUGUUUGACCUGGCGAGGACGAUGGACGACGCUGCUGAGCGGGCUGUGGUUGAGGGGUACGAGUUUCUGUGUCGACAUGUGGGCGUGAGUCUGCGAUUGUGACGCAUAUGUCUGGCCUUGGCUGUUGGCUGACCGAAGUGCUUUCUGCUGGGUUUGUGUGUGUUUCUAUUGUUUUUCUUGGUUUUUACCGGGUUUCCAGUAUUGUUUUGCUCAUGUACAUAUGCACGGUUGAUGUUGAGAUUUCCGUCUGCCCGAGUUUUCUUGUCUGUUUGUAUCGGCCUUUUUGUUAGUUUCAUUUUCUGUCCAAGACUUAUGAUAAUGGCCCUCUUGACGUUAUUCUUUUAUUCUCCGUCUAGAUUCUAGAUCCUGGUUCGCUACAUACUAGACCUCUUUCUGAAAUGAUUCGUCUUUAUUGUAUAGAAUGUACGUAUACAUAGAUAUCUUU